AUGAUUCAGAAAUCGUUGGGUAGUAUCUUGAUGCAAAUAUUGCCUCGGUUUGGUGGGCAGAGGGGGAUAGUCUUCAAUGAUCAUACACGCUGCCUGUCCGUUGCUUGUGCCCCUAAGAAAGCCUGGGUACCAGAUAGAGUGCGAACAAAGUUCAUUCCAGAUUCGAGAAAGCAAGCGGUGCAGUUUGUCACGUUGCAUCGUGUCACAGAGUGCGCAAAGAGGUCACGUCAAUGCACGUUACGCUACUCGUGGAGCAAACAGAGGAGAAGGGAGGGGGAGGGGGGAGGCUGGCUCUCGCGGAAGAUUCUCGAUGAAUGGAAACCGACCGCGGCAGUGAUUAACGGUGAGAAACUUUUAGAAAUUAUUGACACGAGGAAAGAUGUUGAAUCCAUUUUCUGGAAUUUUUCUACAAGAUUACUUACUCGACGCAAGGUACAUCGGAGAACGUGUACGACACGAUGCGCAAAGAGGCCACGCCAACGAAUAAUAGCACAUUUCAAGAGAUCGACGAGGCGAAAAAGCUGCCAACGACAAAAAUGCUGGUCAAGCCAACUGAGUCACGGUCAAGAGCUUAAAAAAAAAACAAACGAAAGGCGAGGACAAGUUUUACGAGUUUACUCUAGCACAAGACGUAUCAAUUUUAUAUUCGUAACUCGGGUUACACGCCAUGUUUUACCAUCAAAACUUGAGCGAUAUUCAAGCUUUUUAUUCGGAUAUUUGAGUAUAUCUGGUACAACGCGAAUGUAUUUUAUAAUUAUAGUACAAAAAUUUCGAUAAAACGAUUCGAGAAAGAAUUCAAAUACGAGGACGAAGGAAGGAAAAACUUGAAUUCGUUGAAAAGUUGAAAAUUUAAAGAUAUGUAUUAAAAAACAGAAUGAGGGGAAAACGGAAAUGGAACGAUGCGAUAGCAUAGAAUAAGAUCGAAUGAAUUACAGUGGGUAACGCGAGAAGGGAGAACAAUGCGAAUUCGAGGCGCAAGAAAAUUCCUGCGAGCGAUUAAUGACGAUCUUGAGGAUCGUAUUAUACGAACUUGACACACGAAAACGGUUGUAUGUAACGGAGUCGAUCGAGAUCGAUUCUAAUCGUAGUUUCGAGAGACUGAAAAAUUUUCACUGCCGACUUUCACUCGUCUACCAAGAACACUUCGCGUUCACAAAAGAAUGAAAUGAACAUCUGUCCGACAUCUGUGAGUGGAUUUUAAAGCUUAUGGGUCAAAUUAUUCAGAUUUGAAAAUAUAAAUACUUGUAUAUAAAUUCGUAA